CCACCUAUUGGUGGCUGCUGCAACAGACUGGAAGGCCGCCCUCCUCGCGAACUCGGUCGCUCACUUUGUGGAGCCAUGCGUCCUGAACAGGCCCUCCUUUGGUACCGGCGGAUGGCUAUGCUCUACGCAUUAGGCUCCUGGUGGGUGCUGGGUUCGGUGAUUAUCCUUACACGGACACCGAAGGAGCAAGGUUAUGGAGAAGAACAGAAGGAUGGCUGGAGGGAUGAAACACCUUUUAUUACAUUCGAAGACUCUGACAGUGAUUCCAUUGACAAGCCCUAUGUGCGGACAUAUGUAAAGUAUAAAGACGGUUUCAUCCCAGUCACUCAGAGGAUCAUGGAUCGUCUGAAGUCAUGGAUUGGUGGGCCUGGGCCCCAAUCGUGAUCAACUGCUGAAUUCGGAAAACAAGGACUGGGCUCCGUGUUUGACAGAUGCCUUGAUUUUCAUUCUGUGCUUGUGGAAAGAAUGUAUUAAUUUGAUUUUAUAAAAUAUAAGCAGGGGCUGGAGAGAUGGCUCAGUGGUUAAGAGCAUUGCCUGUUCUUCCAAAGGUCCUGAGUUUAAUUCCCAGCAACCACAUGGUGGCUCACAACCAUCUGUAAAGAGGUCUGGUGCCCUCUUCUGGCCUGCAGACAUGCACACAGACAGAAUAUUGUCUACAUAGUAAAUAAAUAAAUAAAUAAAUAAAUAAAUAAAUAAAUAAAUAUUAUAAAAUAUAAGCAUUACUGUGCAACUGAUGAAUUCUUGAGGGAACUGAACACAUAAUUUGAGAGGUGGAUUUCUGUUUUCAUGCCUGAAAGAUGAUAUAGACCAUUGCAUUUUUAAAAUUACAUUUAUUUAUUUGUGAAUGGCAUGUGUCUGCCUGUGUGCGUGCACACGUGUGUGCAUGUAUAUGCGUGCUGUGAUGUGUUCAUGGAGGUCAGAGGACAGUCUGUAGGAGUUGUCUCCUUCCACUGUGGUUCCAGGGUUCAUACUCACGGUCAUUGGGUACCUGCUGAACCAUUGCAUUGGCCCUGAAAUUUUAGUUUUGGAAUUUUUACUGAUGGGGCUGGAGAGAUGGCUCAGCAGCUAAGAGUACUUGCUGCUCUUCCAGAGGACCCAGGUUCAAUUCCCAGCACCCAUACGGUAGCUUACAACUGUCUGCAACUCCUGCUCCAUGGGACCUGACACCCUAACACAGACAUACAUGCGGGCAAAAUGCCAAUGCUUGUAAGAAUCAAACAAACAAAAACAACAACAAAAAAUCCACAAAUGUUGCCCUGACAAAGGAUCAGGGCUGCAUUGGGAUCCUGAACACCGAGUGUAGUUGCCGGCCAUCGAAUAA